GCCUGUUGUUUUGUUUGUUGAGUUCAGAGACGAUCAGAGAGUUUACAGGAAACACGAGAGGGACAGUGAAGAAGACCGGAGACACAGAGACAGACAGACAGACAGACAGACAGGGACAGACAGGGACAGACAGGGACAGACAGAUAGACAGACAGACAGACAGACAGACAGAGAGAGAGACACAGACAGAGACACCUGAACCUGCUCGAUCUGCUGCGUCGAGCGACCUCAGCCCGGAAACAUGAAAUGGAUGUUCAAAGAGGAUCACUCCCUGGAACAUCGAUGCAUAGAAUCCGCCAAAAUCCGCAGCAAGUACCCUGACCGGGUCCCGGUGAUCGUGGAGAAAGUGUCGGGAUCGCAGAUCGUGGACAUAGACAAGAGGAAGUACCUGGUCCCCUCCGACAUCACGGUGGCUCAGUUCAUGUGGAUCAUCAGGAAACGCAUCCAGCUGCCCUCGGAGAAGGCCAUCUUCCUGUUUGUGGACAAGACGGUGCCCCAGUCCAGCAUCACGAUGGGGCAGCUGUACGAGAAGGAGAAGGACGAGGACGGCUUUUUAUACGUGGCUUACAGCGGCGAGAACACCUUUGGUUUUUAAAUGAAGAGGCCGGAUCACGACCCGCUGACCUGCGGCGCCGCACAGACACCCGCCCACAUCUAAUC